AUCAGCCAGAUCUUUCUGGCCGAGCCGCAAGACGCCGGACAAUUAACGCGAAAACUGAAAAACCAGUUACCACCCGCGAUUUUCAGCGCGCCCACGAUCUCCCCCAACGUAAACAAACCUCACCAUUUUCCCCACAUCUCCGUCUUAUCAACCCGUCCUACUUAAGGAAAGCGACCCGCUGGACGCGCCUCAGUUACUCUGGCUAACCGGAAGGGAUCCCUACCAUCGGCGAGAUUGUAACUCGUGCUGAUCGUUCCUGCGACAUGACCGAACCGGGUUCGAGGCCCAACGGCGGCGUGGACAACGCGGCUUUCGAGCUACGCGAAAAGUGCGUGGUGAUAAACGAGACGGGUGAUAGGGUGCCGGAACUCGCGAAAAAUGCGAAUUUUAACGGGUUUAUCGUUGACCAGUACGUGCCCCGCAGGAAGAAGUCGCUGGUGCAGUUGACUAGGGAGGCUCUGCCGCGGUUGGAGAACUACAGGAAUUCGAGGAGGGCCAUCAAGAGGCCCUCGCUUGGAGAACUUCAUGGUGGCGAUGACUGGAUUAAGACUGGGAGUGAAAAGGACUCCAACAGAAAUUCAGAAACAAUAGAAAAACAAAACCAACCCUCUCACGAAGGUAUCAAGCUAGGAUGGAUACAGGGAGUACUUAUACCAUGUCUUCUCAACAUUUGGGGUGUAAUGUUGUUUUUGAGGGUGUCAUGGGUAGUUGCCGAAGCAGGAAUAGGUGGAUCACUUAUAAUAAUUGGCAUUUCAGCGUUAGUAUGCGUUGUGACAACGUUGUCAUUAUCAGCGAUAAGCACAAACGGCGAGGUCAAAGGAGGUGGAAUAUACUACAUCAUAUCAAGAUCCCUAGGACCCGAGUUCGGAGCGUCCGUAGGCAUCGUCUUCGCCUUCGCUAACGCCGUUUCGGCCUCCAUAAACACCAUCGGUUUCUGCAAUUCGCUGAGCGAGCUGCUGAAACUCUACGACUUCACCCUUAUAGAUGGAGGCGUGAACGACACGAGGGUGGUGGGCAUAGUCGCCAUCGUGGUCAUGAUUUUGAUCUGCGCUAUCGGAAUGGAAUGGGAAUCGAAGGCCCAGAAUUUUCUUAUUGCCAUCAUAUUAGCGGCCAUGGCGGACUUCAUGGUAGGAACUGUGAUCGGACCUACCACCGAUGAGAAGAGGGCGCAAGGAUUCGUUGGUUUCAAUUUAACUGUAUUUCAAGAGAAUUGGGAUGCAAAAUACAGACCGCACGAAGGCAUACCUUAUGACUUUUUUCAAGUUUUUGCGGUAUUUUUUCCAUCAGUAACUGGAAUACAAGCAGGAGCCAAUAUUUCUGGAGAUCUGAAAGAUCCCGCCUCAGCGAUCCCUAAAGGAACAUUUCUUGCACUUGUGAUAUCGAUGAUAUCAUACGCUGCUUUUGUUCUUUUUGCUGGGGGAGCAGCUCUAAGGGACGCGAGUGGUAAUGUGACCGACUUGGUGAGUGGAAACCUCACUGGUUGCGUGGCUGACGAUUCCUGUAAAUAUGGACUAUUCAACAGUUAUCAGAUGAUGACCAUCAUGUCUUCUUGGGACCUCCUGAUUUACGCUGGUUGUUUUGCCGCAACACUAAGUACAGCCCUUACCAAUCUCCUCUCUGUACCUCGUCUUAUACAAGCCUUGGGCAUCGACAGAAUAUAUCCAGGGCUUAUUUUCUUUUCCAAAGGCUACGGAAAAUCUGGAGAGCCUUAUCGAGGCUACAUACUCACCUUCAUAGUAUCUGGUGCUUUUCUUUUGAUAGCUGAAAUCAACGCUAUUGCUCCUCUUAUAUCCAACUUCUACUUGGCCUCUUACGCCUUGAUCAACUUCUGCACCUUCCAUGCUGCCUUCGUCAAACCUCUAGGUUGGCGACCAACAUUCAAGUACUACAACAUGUGGUUGAGUCUGGCUGGAUUCUUCACAUGCGUUGUCAUCAUGUUCAUGAUCAACUGGCAGUCGUCACUUGUGACCUUCAUAGUAAUCUUGAGCCUUUAUCUUGUUGUGGUCUAUAGGAAACCAGAUGUAAACUGGGGAUCUUCCACACAGGCUCAAACUUACAAGACAGCUCUAGGUAUGGCCCUUAGGCUCAACAGCGUCGGAGAGCAUGUCAAGAACUACAAACCCCAAAUACUAGUUCUGUCAGGAUCUCCUAAAGCAAGACCACCGUUGGUUGAUUUCGCUAAUUUGAUAACCAGAAGUAACUCUCUUCUCAUUCUUGGGGAUAUACAAGAGAAACGUCUUCCUCAUAGGAAGAGAGCUUCGCGAAUGAAUUCGGUGUAUGCGUGGUUGAGGACUAACAAGAUCAAGGGUUUCUAUACCAUUGUUGACAACAUGAAAUUCGAGGAUGGUUCGAAAGCUUUGCUGCAAUCUACAGGUAUUGGGAAGUUGAGCCCGAAUGUUUUGAUGUUGGGAUACAAGAAUAACUGGAUGACAUGCAACCGGGACGAGUUACUAGCAUACUUCAAUGUUUUGCAUGCCGCCUUUGACUAUCGUCUCUCGGUGACCAUCCUGAGGGUGAAAGAUGGCCUGGACUAUUCCAGCCUGACAGAAGAUGAUGAACCAGCAGGUAACGCAAAUGGAUCGACGGACCAAACCAUUCCUCAUCCUCCAUCUAGCACGGAUCUUAGAAUUUUCACCUCCAGUAACAUGAUGCAUGCUGAUUCUAACCUAUGUUUAGCCGACUUAGGUGGAUCUGGCCCUAAAAAAAAUUCACCGUCGUCUGCAACUGUCACCUUGUAUGGCUGCGAUGGUGACAAACCCAACGUAGAUGCGAUCGAGAUAAAGAAGAAGCUGAAGAAAGAAGCCCUCUCGAAAUAUCUCAGAAGAAACUCCGACCUGAAUAAAAGCAUGGGCAUUGAAAAAAUGAUGCUGUUCAGGACGAAGCAGAACAAGGGAAAUAUAGACGUUUGGUGGUUGUAUGACGAUGGAGGACUGACAAUGUUGUUGCCAUAUAUUAUUUCAAGCAGACAAGACUGGGAAAGCUGCAAGCUUAGAAUAUUCGCAUUAGCAACGAACAUGCACAUUUUGGAAGAAGAAAAAGCUAACAUGGCGAAUCUUCUUACGAAAUUCAGGUUAGAAUACUCAAGUUUGGAGAUGGUUUCCCUGUCAGAAAAACCCCAACAGGACACGAUAGAAUUCUUCAACGGACUAUUAAAAGACUUCAAAACAGAGGACACAGAAGGAGACGAGGCUAGAGUUUCGGAGCAAGAAAUCAUUUCAUUGCAAGAGAAGACUUAUAGGCAGUUGAGAUUAAGAGAAUUACUGCUAGAAAAAUCUAAAGAUACGAAUUUGGUGGUGAUGUCAUUGCCAAUGCCCCGAAAAGGCAACGUAUCAGCUCCAUUAUACAUGGCUUGGUUAGAGGCUCUAACAAGGGAUCUGCCGCCUUACUUGUUAGUGAGGGGCAACCAGCAGUCUGUUUUGACAUUUUAUUCGUAGGAAAUCUGUAAAUAUGAGUACAAGCAACAUAAAUUGUUUAAGGGUAAUUCAGGACGAACAGAGACUUUAAAUCGCACAUGUCUGAAUCAAUAUUUUAUUGUUGUGUGAUGAGGAUUUUUUAUUUUCGAAGCUGCAACGUGUGAUUCUCGAGAUUUCGUAUUAUCCUAUGAACCCAGACCAAAUAUAGAGUAGUACCUACAGAAAAACAUAUUUUUGUAUUUUGUAAUUUUAUUUAUUUAUAAUGUAUUUAACAAACUAAUAGUUUUUUAAUGUUUAUACAAUAUUAUAAAGCAAAACUCAAAGAGUAUUUUGUAUUGUGAUGUAUUUUAGUAUCUUAGUUUCCAAAUAAUGAUAAUAAAAAUAAUAAUAUAGAAUUA